GGAGAAGAAAAUGAAAGAAAAAGAGAAUCUAAACAGCAAGUCUGCAGUAUCAGUGGCCAUAUUGUUCAGAGGUUGUGCAUAAGCCACAACUCAUAUGGCUGUUUUUUUAAGAUGAUGAUGAUGAUGAUGAUGAAUACCUGCAAUCAUAUCAUCAUCGUUAUUAUCAUAAUAAUCAAAAUAGAGCUCAUGAUAUACAACUCGCAUUCAUGAUUGUAGUUGUCAUAAUAAUUAUAUCCAUAGAAGGACAUUGACAAAUGAACAUAAUCCGAGGUAGAAAGAAAGAGUCUGCUGAGGAGAUAGAAGAAGUACUGAUGGUGAGAGAGCCGCUUCUUGGCCAGCAAGAUCAACAACCCUCUUCUCAAGACGAUUCUCUUCCUUCUCUUUUAACUUACUUGUACGUUGGCCACUUUUUGGCCAGAUGGGGUGCCAGGAUGUGGGAAUUUUCGGUUGGUUUAUACAUGAUCAGCAUUUGGCCUGACUCUUUACUCUUUGCUGCUAUCUAUGGUGUGGUAGAAUCUGCCUCUACUGCACUCUUCGGUCCCAUUGUCGGACAAUGGGUGGAUAGGUUGACGUAUGUGAAGGUUCUCCGACUUUGGUUGGCAGCGCAGAAUCUCUCUUUCAUAAUUGCUGGAGCUACAGUGAUAGCGUUAGUGGAAUUCUCAACCUUGAAAUCCUCGAAUUUUACAGCAUUCAUCUCACUUGUGGUACUAACCAACAUCUCUGGAGCAGUUGCAGUGCUUUCAACUCUUGCUGGUACCAUUUUGAUUGAAAGGGAAUGGGUGGUCGUGAUAUCAGAAGGUCGUCCUCCAGAAAUUCUGACUAACAUCAAUUCAAUUAUCAGACGAAUUGAUUUAAUAAGCAAGCUAUUUGCUCCUGUUAUAACUGGCUUCAUUAUCAGCUUCGUAUCGCUAACAGCAUCUGCUUUGACUUUGGCACUCUGGAAUGCUAUAUCUGUCUGGGUAGAAUAUUGGCUUUUUAUCUCUGUAUAUAAUGGGAUACCAGCUUUAGGUGAAAGCAGCCAAAGGAGGAUCUCAAGGCUUUCCUCGAGUGUUGUGGGAGAGAGUUCAUCAACUUCCCAGGAGAGAGAAAGCUUGCUUUCUAAUGAUGAAGGCAAUUCUGCAUUACCACGAAAAACCUGGCUAAUGAAUAUAUUUGAAUGGGUCCCUUGGUUUGAUGCAUGGAAAGUUUAUUUCCAACAAGAUGUUGUGCUCCCUGGACUGGCUCUGGCUCUGUUAUAUUUCACCGUCCUCAGCUUUGGGACUUUGAUGACAGCUGCUUUAGAAUGGGAAGGUGUACCUGCAUUUGUUAUUGGGAUAGCGCGCGGAAUAAGUGCCAUGAUUGGAAUAGGUGCAACAUUUGUGUACCCAGUCUUACAGAGUCGGAUUUCAACACUUAGAACUGGACUCUGGUCUAUAUGGUCUCAGUGGACCUUCCUCCUAGUAUGUGUUGCCUCAAUAUUAGUCCAUAAAAGCCUGUUAUCUGCAUAUUUGCUGAUGGCUGGCGUAGCAACAUCUCGGCUUGGAUUGUGGACGUUUGACUUGGCUGUAAUCCAACAAAUGCAGGAUCAUGUUCCUGAAUCUGAUCGUUGUGUUGUGGGAGGUGUUCAGAACUCGCUGCAGUCUACUCUGGAUUUGAUGUCUUAUGUCAUGGGAAUCAUUAUCUCGAAUCCAAAGGAUUUCUGGAAGUUGAUUUUGUUAUCCUUUUUGGUGUCGACAUUGGCUGCGUUACUCUAUACUUUAUAUGUGUACCUUGUCCGGAAACACCUUUUUCACUUUGAGAAGCUGUUUUUGCUGAUUAAAUGGUUGAUAGGAUCGCCUGAAGAUUCACAUUCAAUAUGAAAUGGUGAAAGUCUUUUUCUCGUGAUUACUCACAUAAAUCUUAUUCCUGUAGAUUAUCCAUAUGAUAGUCACAUAGCAACUGCAUUUGCUGGACUAUGUUUGGAUCUUCACUGUCCUAUGCUGAAUGAUAUCAUGCAAUUGUAAGGCAAUAUAUAGAUGCUUAAAGUA